UCAUUUAAACAAAAGCAGCUUUUCGAGAAGAAUAUAAUCGCUAAACUAUAUUUUCAGCCAUAUUUUUAACGAAAAAAACUAUCGAACAAAGAAGUAGCAACAUCACACGAAAUAAAGAAACACAUCACUCAAGAAUAAAAUAUAAAAAAGAUAAAAGCGAAAAAGAUAAAAUGGAAUCCCUAAACCUUUGAUAGGUCCAAAAGCGUUAUCCAUAAUGGUAGCCAUAAUCUGGCAUUGCUGCACUGUUUUAACACUUUUAACUUUGCUGAGUCAGCUUUCCUGCCAACAGCUAGGACUGGAUCUAGCAGGCCCUAUUGGAAAAACGUUCGCAGACAAUAUGGCGGAACACUUGGCUACCGAACUAAAAGAAAUGACGAAGAAAUACACGAACUAUCAUAAAAUUUCUGAAGCAUUUUCAAAGUUAAACGUAGUAAAAAAGAAAAUAAGUGGAGAUGAACUGUUAAAUAAUUUUACACAGAGUGUGGAAGCACUGUUUGAUGAAAGGACUAAGGUAUUGCACGAAAUAAAAAGGAAUGCGGAGAAAUCUAAAGCGCGUAACACAAAUAAAAAUGUAGCAUUGUUUAACUAUUACAAUAUGAGAGAUAUUAAUCAGAAUGAUAAUGUAUCACUGAUAAUAGUGCCAACAUUUUCAAAAACGGUUCCAAUCAAUUUAACCGAUAGUUUUGUCCAAGUCCCAACGAAUAUAUACUCUGGUAAAGAAGAAGUGUUGUACACAGCCAAAUGGACGAAAGAAAUUGAUCCGACGUUCAAAGCGAAUUUUUAUAAUUUCAGUGAGAAGUUACUAUAUCAAUAUUAUGGAGAUUCUUCAGGCUUAUUUCGAAUAUAUCCCGGAAAUAAGAACGGCAAUGAUGGAAAAACGGAUUUAUUUGACUGCCGACGACGUAUCUGGUAUAUACAAGCUACAUCGAGUCCAAAAGAUGUCGUCAUUGUCAUAGAUACGUCGGGUUCAAUGAUUGGCAACAAUAUUGGUAUCGCAAAAAUUACGGCUGCGUCACUCAUCGAUACGUUACAAGAAAACGACUAUUUUAAUGUCAUUACAAUCAACAAAAAAGUGACGUACAUCAAACCAUGUCUAAAAUUUAUGGUACAAGCGACAAAAGAAAACAAAGAAAUCAUGAAAUACGCCCUUCAAAAGAUUGAAACGCCAACAGAUGUUGUUGAUAUCAAUUUAGGAAUGACGGAAGCGUUCGAUAUUUUAGAAUCAGGUACUUAUUAUAACCGAACAUACGCAGACUGCAACCAGGCUAUCAUGUUUAUUACCGACGGCGUCGAGGGAGAAUACGCUGGAGAAGAAGUUUUCGAAAAGCGAAACAAAAACAGAAAAGUUCGCGCUUUUGCUUACCUUGUCGGCCGGUACAAAAGUCCUGAUAAAAAGGCACUAAUAGACAUGGCUUGUAAGAACAGAGGUUAUUUUUAUUCGAUAGAAACACUUGGAAACGUGUGGGACACAGUUUUAGAAUACUUGAAAGUUUUCAGUCGACCUAUUGGUAGGGAGAAUUCGAAACAAAAACCAAGUUAUACUCCUGUGUACUUGGAUAGUACUGGUUUAGGUAUGGUAAUGAGCGUGUCGUUAGGUGUGUUUGAAGAAAAAGAAUUAAUCGGCGUGACAGGAACAGACAUAGUGUUAGCCUCAAUCCAAGAGAAGAUUCCGAGUGCUCAACUGGGUUUUUUUAGUCAUGUGUUUAUGAUAAAUAACAACGGUUUCGUCUUGGUUCAUCCGAAAUUCCGAGAUCAAACCGGAUAUCUUCCAGCACCACCAAACGUUUAUGUGGAUGAUUUAGAGCGAGGUGUUGACACAAAUCAGACAGAACUUUUGAAGGUGGACAUGAUCGAUCAGAAGACUGGGCAAGAGAGUUUUCCUACGUAUUGGAUAUAUGACGAAAAUAAAAAAAUUAUGACCACAGACACUAGCUAUUUUUUUACUGCAGUGAAUAAUACAGACUUUAGUGCUGCAGUCGCCAUUUUGAAACCUGAUGAGAACUAUUAUGAAAUUACGGACGCCGACGCUGAUAUAUGGAUGAUGAAAGGGAUCGAAGCGUUACAUUUACCGUUUAUCAACAAAACUGAGAAUUACACAGCAGAGAAUUACACUUACGUUCAAAUUUCACCAUGGAUGUUUUGCGCAUUCAAAACAGAAUCACAAAAUGAGCAACCGCGCAGCUUAAUGUAUUUCCCCACUGCGGAGGAGCUAUACGAUUUCAUUAAAUCCUAUGGAAAUAGUAAUGAUAUCGGUAGCAGCUGCGAUGGAACUCUUCUUAAAAAGCUCCUCACAACCGCUGGAAUUGUAACUGAUAUAGUUGAAACAUCGUGGCAACCAGAUAAUAUUGACAAGGAUAUCAUCGAAAGUUUAUUCGUAGCAACAAGUGGCGGUUACUCUAGGUAUAUAGCAUAUACCAACACCAGUAAGCCGUUUCAACGUGAUAUUUAUAAAGUUGGUAUUGUACAGAUGGCUGCAGCCAUGCCGGAUGUAAAUAUUGGUGUGACUGUACCGAAGAGGGAGGAGAAAGAUCUUAGCGAUGACCCUGUUUUUGCUACUAUAGCUGGUACAGCAAGAAUAGAUGGAAUGCUUGGUGCAGUGUCUGGAAUGAAAAUGUCAACAGAUAAUCUAUACCAAGCUCUACUGAAUGCAUCAGCAGUCGCCAAUAUUAAGUAUACCACUGAUAGAUUGGCAGUAAAAGUCUGUGCAGAUAACAACACACACGUAUGCGCAAUAUUGGACUAUAAUGGUUACAUCAUGCAAAGUAACCAGGGCAACAAAUACAUUGGAAAGUUUAUCGGUGAGGUAGUUGGGAAGCUAAUGGAGCAUUUAUCAAAUGAAAAUAUAUCUAUUUUUACGAAGAUUGUUUUGAAUGAUACUCAAGCUGAGUGUCCUAUACCAGACAAGUAUGACUCAGCAUCAAGUAUCUUGCUGACGCCAGCCAAAUUAAUGUUUAAUUUCGCUCAAUUAUUGCUUGGUUCACUUAGCUGGAUGACAACACAAGUGUAUUUUUCAUUGCUCUCAUUUACCAGACAUCAACACGUGCAUGGUCAAGAAGUCAAAAAGGUUAACGUCAGUUGCACAAAAGAAAUGCCGUUUUAUGUUUUCAACAAAACCAGAUGGGAGACGCAUCAGGAUAUAAGUAUUAACAAGAGGCAAUACAGACGCCAAAUAAAUUGCGCAAACUGUCUGCAGAAGUAUGCUUUAAGUCCGAUUAAAGAAACUAAUUUGAUAUUCUUUAUCGCAGACACUUGCCCUGAUUGUAGACAGUACAAGGUUAGGACCACUCCUAUCAAAAAGGAGGACCCGAGUAUAUGUACUGCAGCAGUUAAGUACCGCAGGAGACCUGAUAACUGUUUUAAUCAAACAGAAAAAGAUUUAAAAAGUGCAAAAUGUGGCAAAGCUAUUAUGGAGACACCGUCUUUGUUGUUAUUGGUUACGCUUCUACUAACGACAUUGCUAACAGCGAAUGGAAACGGAUAAGUAAAUUCAGGAAUGUCUCGAUUGUGAUACGCCUUUGAGUAGUCUUUGGGCGUAGCUUGGGCGGAUUUAAACUUUGCAAUAGCAGAGAUACAAUUUCACUCUGAAUGGUGUAUAUUCUUCAUAUGGAGGAAUACAAAACAAAGGUUCCACAAAGCGAACGCAGUAACAAAACCGCGUUCAUGUUUUAAUAUCAACAAAUGGAAAAGUGUGUUAUUUUCUUUAAAAUAGUUAGUGUAAAAUAACUGUUACUUUUUUAAUAAAUUUUCGGUGAAAACUUAAA